AUGACGAUGGGCGGGAAUCUGAAACUUCUUCUGUGGAAGAAUUUCAUCUUGAAGAAGCGGAUGACCCUGGUCACCAUGCUAGAGAUCCUGGCGCCACUGCUGUUCUCCACGAUUGUCAUGUAUCUUCACCUGAACAGUCUGCCCAAAAAAAGGCCUCCUUUGAACUACCUUGCGAUCAACAUCAGUUAGCUGCCAGACUUCUUCUAUGUCCCCAUGCAGACUAGGUACCAGCUAGUGUACAUCCCUUCCAAGAGCAGGACGUUGAAGGCUAUCAUGGAAAUGGAGAAAUCCUUUGACAUUGAGUUUGAAGUUCUAGGCUAUUCUUCGGUGCCCGUCUCUGAAAGUUACAUAAUCCAGGACCCCAAAGCCUUCUACAUGUGGGCCGGAAUUGUCUUGAAUCACCACUUCAAUGACAGCAAGCAGCCCCUGCCGCUGGAGAUCAAAUACCACCUGCGCUUGAGCUGCAUUCAGAGGAACUCCUUAAUCUCGAAGGUGACAACAUACCACGAUAAGCUAGAAGGCUGGGGCACAUCCCUCCUUUAUCCUCCGAACCCGAGCCAAGUGCCCCGGGCCUUUGGACAUUUUGACGGGGGACUCCCUGGAUACAGCAAGGGAGGCUUCCUGACCCUACAGCAUGCUCUGGACAAGGCCAUCAUGCAGCACCACGCCCACAAUGUGAUGACCCAACUGUUCAAGAACCUCACUGUGCUUGUGAAGAGGUUCCCGCAUGGAGCCUACAUCCAGGACACGUUCUUGCUGAUCCUUCAGAACGAGUUCCCUCUUCUGCUCAUGCUCAGCUUCAUCGGCAUCCAGCUCAUCAUCAUCAAUUCUGUUGUCCUGGAGAAAGAGAAAAAGCUGAAGGAGUAUAUGUGCAUGAUGGGAGUGAACAACUGGCAACACUGGGCUGCCUGGUUCACCAUGUUCUUCAUCUCCGCCCUCAUGGUCGUCUCUUUCAUGACUGUCCUCUUCUGCACGCAGGUGAACGGUGUGAUGGUGUUCAGAAACAGCGACCCUAGCUUGAUAUUCGUUUUUCUACUGUGUUUUGCCAUUGCCACAAUUUUCUUUGCAUUCAUGAUCAGCACAUUCUUCCAAAGAGCCCACGUAGCAACUGCUGCUGGAGGCAUCCUCUUCUUCUUCACCUACCUCCCAUACCUGUACCUCACGUUCAGCUACCGCCAGAGGACCCACUUCCAAAAGGUGGCCUUCUGUCUGCUCUCGAACGUCGCCAUGGCACUGGGAGUCCGAUUAAUCUCCGCGUUUGAGAUAAAAGGCACAGGCAUGCGGUGGAAGAAUAUCGGCAGCAUGAGGGGGGAGUUUAACUUCUCCCAGGUGCUGCUGCUGCUUCUGCUGGACUCCGUCCUGUACAGCGUGGUGGCCUGGUGCAUGGAGGCCGUGCUCCCGGGGCAGUGCGGUGUACCCAAGCCCUGGUACUUCUUUGUCAUGGUGAGUGCCAGCGCUAUCUCAGUAUCUCUGACUCUUGCCCCUGGCAAGUUCUUUCAGGAAGAGCCUACCAAUUUGGUGAAAGGGAUUGAAAUCCAACAUCUCUACAAGGUGUAUCACAUGGGAAAGAAUAAACACAGAGCAGUCAAAGAUCUGACCAUGAAUCUAUUCUAGGGGCAGAUCACUGUCCUCCUGGGACACAACGGAGCCGGCAAAACCACCACGUGCUCACAGACCUUAGCAUAUGUCUUGCACUUGCUCCUAGGUCUUAUUCCUCCUUCAGGUGGAUGGGCCUAUGUCAAUGGAUAUGAAAUUUCACGCGAUAUGGCUGAGGUCCAGAGGAGCCUGGGCUGGUGCCCCCAGCACGACAUCUUGUUUGAAAACCUCACAGUAGCAGAGCAUCUUUAUUUCUAUGCUCAGCUGAAGGGCUUGUCCCGUCAGAAGUGCCCUGAAGAAGUCCAGCGGAUGCUGCACGUCCUCGGUCUGGAGGACAAGCAGGACUCCCUGAGCCGGUUCCUGAGCGCGGGCAUGAAGCGCAAGCUCUCCAUCGGCAUCGCCCUCAUAGCGGGCUCCAAGGUGCUGAUGCUGGACGAGCCCACCUCGGGCAUGGAUGCCAUCUCCAGGAGGGCCAUCUGGGACCUCCUGCAGCAGCACAAGAGUGACCGCACCGUGCUGCUGACCACGCACUUCAUGGACGAGGCUGACCUGCUGGGGGACCGCGUGGCCAUCAUGGCCAAGGGGGAGCUGCAGUGCUGCGGGUCCUCGCUGUUCCUCAAGCAGAAGUAUGGUGCCACAUACUACAUGACUUUAGUGAAGAAACCUCAGUGCAGCACAGAGAAGAUUUCUCAUCUGGUUUAUCAACACAGACCAAGUGCGGUUUUGCAGUCCAGCACUGGAGAAGAAUUAACAUUUAUUCUUCCUAAAAAGAGCAUGCACAGGUUUGCAUCUCUAUUUACCGAGCUGGAACUGAGGCAGAUGGAGCUGGGGAUCGCCAGCUUUGGGGCCGCGGUCACCACCAUGGAGGAGGUCUUCAUUCGGGUUAACAAGUUGUCAGACACCAACACAGAUAUCCAAGCCCUCAAGAUCCCCUCGAUGCAGUCCCAACAAAGAGUACCUAACAGCAGGAUUAAACGCAUUCACUCCAGGAUCUUCUCAAUACAGUCGGGCCUGCCAAUCCAGCUGAACACUGGGCUCAGCCUUAUCUGCCAACAGUUCUAUGCCAUGUUCCUGAAAAGGGUCACAUACUCUUGGCGCAACUGGAUGCUGAUGCUAACAAUACAGGUCCUGGCACCUCUGGCGAUCACCAUCUUCAGCCUUGCCUUCCUCAACUUGGAAACGCUUAUGGACGAGGUCCCACUGGAACUGACCCUAAAAACAUACCGUCAAACCAUUGUCCCAUUCUAUAUUUCUCCCAAUUCCAGGCUGGGUCCUCAGCUUUCGGAACAUUUUACAAACACGCUUGUGGCUGAGGAGCAGAUCCCUCUGGAGACUCUGAGCUCGGUGGAGGACCUCCUCCUACAAAAGGCAGAGGAGGAGCCCGAGGGCUUUGAUUACAAAUACGUCCUGGCGGCUUCCUUUGAAGACUUGGGGAACCACACCACAGUGACUGCGCUCUUCAACAACCAGGCAUACCACUCCCCCGCCGUGGCACUGGCGCUCAUGGACAACUUUCUCUUCAAGCUGCUCUCUGGGGCCAGAGCCUCCAUCACAGUGGUCAACCACCCUCAACCCCGGUCGGCCCUGGAGGCCUCGGAGGAUAUCUUGCAUCAGGGCCUGAAAGCACACUUUCUCAUUAUCAACUUGCUUUUCGGAAUGGCUUUCCUGUCCAGCUCCUUUUCCAUCUUGACAGUCAAGGAGCGAUCCACGAAGGCCAAGCACGUCCAGUUUGCCAGCGGUGUUUACGUGGCUACUUUCUGGCUCUCCGCACUGCUGUGGGACCUCGUCACCUCCCUCGUCCCCAGUCUGCUGCUGCUGCUGAGGGCUGUGGUGUUUCUGUACCACAAGGAAGAAGCUUUUACGCAUGAGGACAACGUCCCAGCCUUUAUCUUGGCGCUCAUGCUCUACAGCUGGGCUACCAUCCUCUUCAUCUACCUGACCAGCUUCUGCUUUCACUACAAAGGCAGCGCUUUUGUCAAGCUCAUCAUCACACUCACCUUCUUGAGCAUCAGCCCCCUCAUUCUCAUCUUAGUCACAAGCGAAAAAGAGAUGGGCUACACAAUGGUGUCGGACUCCUUGGACCACGUUCUACUGAUGCCAGGCCACUGCCUGGGAAAGGCCCUCUUCAACUUAUACUACAGCUACAGAAUGCAGAAGUUGUGCAAAACCAGGAACCUGGACUACUGGGAGUGUAGUCAAAUUUCAGAGGGAUACACCGUCCAGGAGAGCGUCUACGCCUGGGAGUCUCUCGGGACGGGGAAGUAUCUGACGGCCCUGGUCAUCUCGGGGUUUGUGUACCUCAUCCUGCUAUUCCUCGUUGAAACCAAUGUCUUGUGGGAGCUGAAAGCCAGGUUUUCUGACUUCAACAGGAAGCGACAACAGGUGUCGAUGCACGGCGUAGCGUCCGUGCCCGUAGACCAAGAUGUGGUGCAGGACGCAAAGGUGGUGGAGACUAACUUGGAAAAGCUGCGCGAGGAGAACCCACUGGUUCUUAGAGAAGUGUCAAAGGUCUAUGCGGAGAAGGUGCCCCUGCUGGCUGUGAACAAGAUCUCCUUCACUGUUCAAGCAGGGGAGUGCUUCGGCCUUCUUGGCAUCAACGGAGCCGGGAAAACGUCCAUCUUCAAAAUGCUGACUGGGGAAGAGCCCAUCACCUCUGGGGAUGCCUUUGUCAGGGGCCUCAGCAUCCGCUCUCACCUGAGGGAGGUGCGGCAGUGGGUGGGCUACUGCCCCCAGUUUGACGCCCUGUUCAACCACAUGACGGGCCGGGAGACGCUGGUGGUGUACGCCCGGAUCCGGGGCAUCCCCGAGAGCCACAUCGGCGCCUGUGUGGAGCAGAUUCUUGACAGCUUACUCACGUAUGCGUACGCGGACAAGCUGGUGAAGACUUACAGUGGUGGCAACAAGUGGAAGCUGAGCACAGGCAUCGCCCUGCUUGGAGAGCCUUCGGUCAUCUUCCUGGACGAGCCAUCCACUGGCAUGGACCCCGUGGCCCGGCGCCUGCUCUGGGACACUGUGGCACGGGCCCGAGAGUCGGGCAAGGCCAUCGUCAUCACCUCCCACAGCAUGGAGGAAUGCGAGGUCUUGUGCACCCGGCUGGCCAUCAUGGUGCAGGGUCAGUUCAAGUGCCUGGGCAGCCCACAGCACCUCAAGAGCAAGUUUGGCAGCGGCUACUCCCUGCGGGCCAAGGUCCGGUGCGAUGGGCAGCAAGAGGCGCUGGAGGAGUUCAAGGCGUUUGUGAACCUGACCUUCCCAGGCAGCGUCCUGGAAGAUGAGCACCAAGGGAUGGUCCACUACCACCUGCCCGGGGAUGACCUCAGCUGGGCCAAGGUAUUUGACAUUCUGGAGCAAGCCAAGAUGAUGUUCAUGCUGGACGACUACUCCAUCAACCAAGUCUCCCUGGAGGACAUUUUCCUAAGCUUCACCUGCUCUGUGCACCCAACCAAAGAGGAACACCAACAAGGGCAAGCAGAGCCAGCAGACCAUUCAUCAACCUCUCCACCUCCCUCCCAGCCUCCCUCUCCACUUCCCUCCCAGCCUCCCUCUCUACUUCCCUCCCCCUCCGUCACCACUUCCCUCAGACGUUUCCUUGUUGUAAUAAAGAGUGCAGAACCUGCCAUAGGCUGCAAGGAGUACAAAGGCAGUCUGUAG